UGUCCAAUAGUGUUAAGAAACUGUCUGACAACCCUGCUCUCAAUGAAAGUUUUAACAUUUUUCUAAAUUGUGAUUUAUUACAACAGUAAAACUUUCAUAAACACCAUCUUGAACAUCAGACGCUGUAGCAGCUGGAAUCACAGGUAGAUUUAUGGAGAAGCCUGCAGCCAAGGCUUUGGGGAGAGUCUUGUUCUCUGCCGAGCAGACAGAACAAUAUGAACACCCUGGAGCAAAACACUCUGUCUAAUGUCUUUAUAAUUACCCUUCUUAAAUCCUAUUGUGAUGCUGUGCAAGUUUUUAUUUGUCUCUCACGGCUCUCCCUGCUGGAGGCUGCACCCAGUGACGACGAGGGCCUGGAACUUUGUGUUCGGACGACUUUGACGUUGAAAUUGAAAACGGGUCGAAGUUACGCCUGAUGAUCAGUAAAAUAUGUAACAUCACACCACAUUCACACUGAAUGUUUGGGUCAGGUUUGGGCGGGGUCCUCCGACCCCUCCCAUCAGGAGCUCGCCAAUCAGCAGGCAGACGGUCAAUGAUGCAUCAGAUGUUUUGGUGUCACUUUGUCCAUUUUUAUUUGGAGAGGUGGAAUGUAUAACCAAAGUCCAGACCUCGAAGCGACUGCAAGAUUUUGUGUUUUGAGGAGAUGAUCGCACUUCUGCUCUUCCUGAUGAUGAAGUCAGUGGGAACUGACAGUGCCGCUCCCUCUGUCACGUUUGAAAACCCAAACUACUGCGCUUCGACGGGGUCGACUGUGGAGUUCAGGUGCUCCUACAGCUACCCGGCCGGACACAUCAUUACCAAGACAGAAUGGUCCAAGGGCGGUUUAGAGCGGGGCAGAUGGUCCCGCGUGGCGCUCUCACUCCUCCCGUCGUAUCAGAACCGCACUGAGUACCGGGGAGACCUGCAGCACAGCUGCAACCUGGCCAUCCACCGCCUGCAGGAGAGCGACUCCGGACAUUACCACUUCAGGUUUGACACGAACACGCACGGAUGGCGCAGCAGAGGAUCGACGCAUCUGCUGGUCACAGAGAUGAAAGCUCGAGUUCAGCCUCAGAGAGUCAGAGUGGGAGGCAAGGUGACUCUUCACUGUCAGACAGACUGCACGCUUUCCAGCACGGUCUGGUUCAAGAAUGGACAAAGACUAACUCAAACAGAGUUCCAGGCUCAGGCAGAGGAUGCUGGGAAAUAUGUGUGUGCAGUGGAUGGACAGGAAUCAGCACAGUCUGAGCCUGUGAGCCUGGAUGUUCAGUAUUCUCCUGUUAAUGUUAGUGUGGAGGUGAGUCCCGCUGGGGUCCUGACGGCGGGCCGGGCUGUGAAUCUGACCUGCAGCAGUGUGGCGAACCCGGCAGCCGAGCGACACGCCUGGUUCAGGGUCGUUUCGGGGGCUCACCUCCAGGUGGGCUCCGGCCGGGUGCUGCGUCUCCCGUCUUUAGAGCCCUCCAACACCGGACUGUACUUCUGCCAGGCCUGGAACCGCCUCGGGGAAAACAACUCCACCGCACUGCUGCUAACAGUGGAGAAAAACAUUCUCCACUUCAUCCUCCUCACUGGGAUUGCCAUCAAAGUGUCCGUUGUGCUGUUCGUCCCUCUGGCUUUUAUUUGGGCUUGGAGGAAGUGUAAUUCUACCGAAAAGAAAAAGAAACACAGUCAUGACUAUGAGAAUUCCAGGAGACGACAGUGUAACUGCCCGGGGACGGAGCUCGACCACGACUAUGAAAACGAACGACCGGUCAACAGGUGAAGUAAAACUCGAGCAGACACAUUCACGAUGCGGGAAUGAGACUGGCAGCAGGCGUCCUGGCUGGUUGGAUCAGAGAGAGACGGAUCUUCUGUUCCUGAUGAAGCUUCUGGAGACUUUUGAAGCUGCUCUGCAAAAGUACUGAGUUGAGAACAUUGUGGUGCGUGACGCUUCGUACAGUUAUGGAAAAGAUCGAGUCUGAGUGGAUUUAUGUCUGUUUGCUUGAAAUAACGAACUGAAUAUUAUUUGUUGGAAAUUUUCUGAAAACUAAGAAGUUGCAAUUGAAUAUUGUGUCCUAAUAAUGUGCACACAGAUCAGCAGAUCAGUUAGUAACAGGUGCAUGCAUGUUAUUUUGGUUUGUUUCAGUCAUUAUCAAAGUGUGAUAUUUUCAACUGCAAGUGCUUCUUCACUGCUCCUGCUCCCAUGACGAGGGUGCAAUCUCCAGCAGCAUGCAGAACGCAGCAGUUCAUGUGUGACUGGAAGAGACUGAUUCAUGAAGUAGACACAAAACAUGGAGAAGUCUUUUAAGUCUAAAUUUAAAGGUUAUUGUGGCACUCAAGAUGAAACUGCUCUGUUUGACAUUUCUGGUCAAAAGAGUUAGAAACGUCAAGCUGAAAGCAGACCUGCAACAGUGUUUGUCUUUCUCUAGUUCAGCCUGAAACAAUCGGCACAGUACAGUCAGGUGGAUGGACGUUAUGGAAAAAGACAGGACCUUUUAGCUCUUCAAUACCUUCAAAAGUACAUCAGUGAUUAAUAUCCACUUCUCUGGAGACUAUUCAUUGCUGACAGUGUUUUUGCCUAAAGAGCACAUUGUGACUAUAUCAGGAUCUGCUGCCCCCUUCUGGUCAUAGCGCGCAUGUACAUUUUGUUGUGAUUGAUAAAACCUUCAUUAAAGUUGGCACCUGGAAGCUAACCCAGGCUUUUUAUACUGCUGUACGGUCUCACCCACUUUCGAAUAUCUGUUGAUUCCUCCUUGUGUGAUUCUCAGGAAAUUAACAAGCAUAACUGAGUCAUUCCCCCAAAAACAACUUUUAAUACAUACUAUUUAUUAUUAUUGUAGAGAAUAAAUGUACACUCAACAGCCCAUCUUGACAGAAAAAAAAAACAGAAAUGUAGAAAUUUUUGCAAAUUUAUGAAAAAAGAAAAACUGAAAUAUUGCAUGGUCAUAAGUAUUCAGACCCUUUGCAGAAACAUUCAUAUUUAACUCAUACCCUGUCCAUUUCUUCUGAUCCUCCUUCUUUAGUGGUGUCCAGCUGUGUUUAAUUAAAAUGAUUGGACUUGAUUAGCAAAGGCACACACCUGUCUAUAUAAGACCUUACAGCUCACAUGUCAGAGCAAACGAGAAUCAUGAAGUUGAAGGAACUGCCCAAGGAGCUCAGAGACAGAAAGCACUCAAGUGGCCUCCAUAAUCCUCAAAUGGAAGAAGCUAGGGAUGAUCACAACUCCUCCUACAUCGGCCGUCCAGCCAAACUGAGCAAUCGUGGGAGAAGAGCCUUGAUGAGAGAGGUAAAGAAGAUGGCCAAGGCCACACAUUAAGCAGGAAGGUGAAGCCAUUCACUGAUUUUCUUAAGUUGCAGACAGCCACAGCGCAAACAUUUCAAUCCACACAAGAUAUUUGCUUUAGAACUCAUAUAGUCUUCUUACUCUUCCACUGUUAAAAUGGCGUGCACACAUUUCUACAUGGAAAGACACCUAGCAUUCCAUUUUCUGUUUUUAUUAAUUGUGUUUUCUUUGAGUUCGCCUGCUGGUGGGAGGUUCCAUCUUGGAGGGGCAAAAAGUGUGAUGGUGGAUGAAGACCCUUUAUGGCAGAGACCACCUGCUGAGCUGGACCAUGUGCUGCCAUGUCGGAGGGGGGUUUUGACUGGACUUAAUUUUCCCCACAAUUACCCAUGGACUGGGUUAUUUUUUUGGUUCCUCCUCUUCUUUUGCUUGGUUUAGUAUAUCUAUGUAUAAUUGCUCACAGGUUAUUCUGUUUGGUCAGUUUAUGUUAAUGUAACAAAGUUUUUUGAGGUAAUUUUAAAUUU